AUAUUUAUGAAUUUAAAUGCUAAAGCUUCAUCAAUAACCACCUGCUAUAAACUUUCAAAUUUCAAUCUUGAUAUUCCUCUCUUCUUUUCUCAUGGACUUACAGCUUUAUUCUCUCCCUAAUUAUUCACUUUGAAAUAGUAUUAUCUCCAUAAAAAUCUUAUGCAGCAAAAAGAUGUCCUUCUCAACAUGUUAAGCCCGAGCAAUUAGCUGCUGCAAGAUUGGACGUCUAUCUAUUUCACUGCAAUCCUAAGUCGAAGACCAAUCAGAAGUGCUUCUUACUUGAAUAUUCAUCAAAUUUGCUUGAUAUUUUUAACUUAUCAAAUAAAGGAUGGGAAACGGAAUUGGAAAGUUGAAGCAGUGUUUUGCAGGAGAUGUUGGAGAAAUCUCAAAACGACGCCAUGAUAUUGGCGUAGACCUCUUUGAUACUCUUGACAGAGGAUUAGGCCAUUCUUUUUGCUACAUCUUGCAUGAUUCAUCAUCCAAGAAUCACCCUUUUUCAGAAGACUCCUCUUCUUCCACCACUACCACUAUCUCCAGUGCCAGCAGCAGCAGCCAAACGACGGCGUUUCGCACCAUCUCCGGCGCCUCUAUCUCCGCCAACGCCUCCACGCCUCUGUCCACUGCCCUCGUCGACGUUUGCCCUUCAAAAACCAAUACUUAUAUAGAGAAGUCGUCAGCUUUUGAAAGCUCACAGUGGUUUUCUUCUUUCCCUCUUCAGCCAAUUCCCAGGAGAUCAAUUUGUUCGGGCCCUAUUCCCCGAGUUUCUACCUUGGGCCCGGUCGAUAGGGGAUUCCUCUCCGGUCCAAUAGAGCGGAGUUUCAACUCCGGUCCAUUGGACAAUCAGUAUGAUCAGCUCCAAAGGUACAAACCUGAGUCUAGUAAAUGGCAUUUAGUUAGGAAUUUAAAGAAAGUUUUAUCAAGCUCUCUUUUGGGGUUUCAAGAAAUGAAUUUGGCAGAGGAGAAAAAUGCGAUUAAAGACCCAUUGAUUAAUAGUUUGAGUAGUGAAAACAGUUUGGCUGAUGAAGAUGAGGAAAAUGAAUUAUUUAGAAGUCAAAAUGUGCAGUGGGCAGAGGGAAAAGCAGGGGAAGACAGAGUACAUGUAGUGAUUUCUGAAGAACAUGGUUGGGUUUUUGUUGGGAUUUAUGAUGGAUUUAAUGGACCUGAUGCUACUGAUUUUCUACUGAAGAAUCUUUAUUCAAAUGUAUUCAAGGAACUCAAGGGACUGCUAUGGAAUGACAAGUUAGAUACCUCCGAAAAUUUCAUGUGUAACGAGACAGUUAUCGUUCAGAAUCAAGAAUUAGAUCAAUCAAAAUCGAACAAUUCAGGACCUGACACAGUUGCUAGUAUUAACCAUUUAGACGUGUUGAAGGCGUUAUCAGAGGCGCUGAGAAGAACCGAGGCAUCAUAUUUGGAGAUCACAGAUAUGAUGGUGAACGAGAACCCCGAAUUGGCCUUAAUGGGAUCUUGUGUUUUAGUUAUGAUGAUGAGAGGAAAAGAUGUUUAUUUGAUGAAUGUUGGAGAUAGCAGAGCUGUUUUAGCUCAAAAUCCUGAAUCCGAUCGUUCCAUUUGUAAUUUGGAUCGGAUAAAUGAGGAGAGUCUAAAUAACAUUGAUGCACAACUCUACAGAACUGAUUCAGAUCGAAAGCACAAUCUAACUUCUUGUCAACUUACUAUGGAUCAUAGCACAUCUGUUAAAGAGGAAGUUGUUAGGAUUAGAAGUGAGCAUCCUGACGACGCUUCUGCUAUAAAAAAAGAUAGAGUAAAAGGUUCUUUAAACGUUACUCGAGCUUUCGGAGCAGGUUAUCUCAAGCAGCCCAAAUGGAACAAUGCACUUCUAAAGGUUUUCAGAAUAGACUACGUUGGAAAUUCGCCUUAUAUCAACUGUUUACCAUCGCUUUACCACCACAGACUUAGCCCAAGAGACAGAUUUCUGAUCUUAUCAUCUGACGGACUUUACCAAUAUUUCAACAAUAAAGAAGCAGUUGCUGAAGUUGAGACCUUUAUGUCUAUAUUUCCCGAGGGAGAUCCCGCGCAACAUCUUGUUGAAGAAGUGUUAUUUAGAGCUGCAAAGAAAGCUGGUAUGGACUUCCAUGAGUUACUUGAUAUACCACAAGGGGAUCGUAGGAAGUACCACGAUGAUGUCUCGAUUAUCAUCAUAUCGUUCGAAGGAAGGAUAUGGAGAUCAUCUGUGUAAAUCAGGGCAGUCCGGUGCACUAAGCUCCCGCUAUGCAUGGGGUCCGGAGAAGGGCCAGACCACAAGGAUCUAUUGUACGCAGUCUUACCCUACAUUUCUACAAAAGGUUGUUUCCAUGACUCGAACCCUUGACCUCCUAGUCACAUGGCAACAACUUUACUAGUUACGCCAAGACUCCCUUCCAUAUGUGUAAAUCAGCAGAAAAGAAUAUAAAGAUCAAACUAAUUUUGCUUA